AGCUCUUUUUGAUAACAGAAGUUCCUGAAGAUGACAGGGUCGCAUUACUCUCUACGAUGGAACAACCAUCAAAACCAUAUUCUAGCCGCAUUUGAGGCUCUUCUACAUGCGGAAAGGCUUGUGGAUGUAACCUUGGUUUGUGCUGAUACAUCAGUGAAAGCUCAUAAAGUUGUCUUGAGCGCAUGUUCACCACUGUUCCAAAGAAUUUUUUCCGAAACCUCUUGCAAACAUCCUGUAAUAGUAUUGAAAGAUUUCAGUGCAUGGGAGAUACAAUCUAUCAUCGAUUUUAUGUACAGAGGAGAGAUAUCCGUAGCUCACGAGCAACUAACGGAUUUGAUCAAAGUGGCAGAGAGCCUGGAAGUCAGAGGCUUGGCUAAUCCCAAUCCAUCCGAUGUUGAUAAGGAAUCCACCUCUAUAACAAACAAAACGCCUACUCCAUCAACAUCUCCAAACGAUUACGAGCGCAAUUACUUGAAUGGUGGACGAUAUUCAAAUUCCGGAACUUCAAACAGAGGUCGCAGAGACAGAAGAUCACCCUUUAUUCCAAUUGCAGUCCAAAACAACUAUGAACCUCCACUGAAACUCCCGCACAUGUCAAGGUUAUCUUUUCCCGAAACUCUGCUCCCUAGACAAGAAAGCCAAUCGCCCCUUACCAGGAGAAAACAAGCUAGGCCCAGACGCAGAUCCGGAGAAUCAUGUGGUGCCCAAGACCUCACAAUCGGUGUCCCGAAAUCAAGUUCACCAGGCGUGGAAACAGCCGAAAAUCUGUGCAUCAAAAAACAAGAUAAAGAUGACAAGAAGGAAAUCAAACAAGAAAAACCCAUCACACCGGAACCCGACGUAGAGAGUUCAGAAAUGGAUUUCAGUAUGCACAGUGGAAAAGAGUACAGAUCGUCACCAAUCAACAUGAACCCUCCCUUAACUCUGAAACAAGAAGUCGAUAAUCCUUCACCGUUACCCUAUCCCCCGAUGCCAUCAGUAUCAGCAUUGAGUAUGACUUCGCCACAUAGUAAAU